AUGCAGCACGGAGUCGCGGUACCAUUUUCUCCUACACCGCAUUUUGCCACCUCUAAACUGUACCGGCCGUCACUCGCUACCGCAGCGCCUCAUAACGCGUACAGAACUCUCACAGCCGCGCAACGUCGAUGUCUCGUUCCGAAACGUUUUGAAAGCGCGAUCGCGCCGCCAGCAAGGCCGCUGGUGGUGGCGGCGGCGGGUGCGUCGGACUCUUCCAGGAUUCCCGCGGGCAACGUCAGCGAGUCCGACGUGGCAUUCGUGCGGCAAUUGCGGGUGGUACUCGCGGAGAACGGGCUGUCGGAGCAGAACCUCCCGUCGAUUAAGGAGGUCGCGUCGCUCGGCGGCGCAUUCCUGGCGGGGGCCAUGCGCACAAGGGGGUACAGGCGCGUGCACGAGCUGCUACAGCUAGUGGCGGACGAUGGGGCGGAAGGGGGGGAGGCGGGGGGGGCGGAAGGGGUGGAUGGGCAGGGCGGGAGGGUGGAGAGCUGGUCGCUAGGCUCGGGAUCAGGGUCGUUAGGCUCGGGGCCAGGAUCGGCAAUGUCCAUGGCGCAGCAGAAGGCGAAGGUGCUUCAGCAGCGGAUGCAGCAGAGGGGCCUUCUGUCCUCGUCUGAAGCAUCUUCGCUACAACCACAAUCCAGCAACAGCGAAGCAGGCCUCACAUCCUCAGCACCCUCCUCUUCUCCACCUCCCUUCCCCACUCCCUCCGCCCUCUCCGCCUCCUCCUCUCCCUCUUCCUCCUCCCCCUCCUUCAACCCCUCCUCCACCCCCUUCUUCUCCUCCUCUCCUUCCCCCUUUCCUUCUCCCUCCCCCUCUCCCUCGCCCUCCCCCUCCUCCUCUCCUCCCAUCACCCCCAUAUCCCUCUCAAGCACCCAAGACACUGGGAGCGCUAGUGACACUGACGGUGGUGACAGUAACGAAGGUGAUGGCUAUAUCGCCCCAGAAGUCGCCUGGCUGUUCCCGAGCCUGAAUCUGGACCUGAGUAAGCUGGACUCAGCCAGCGAGUCGGAGAGUGAAGCCGGGGAGGGAGAGGAGGAAGGAGAGGAGGAGGGGGGAAGAAAGAGAAGGGCAGUGCGAAAUGAGGUGAGGGAGGCAGGGGUAAAGGUGGAGGAGGCGGAGGAAAAUGAGGAGGAGGUGGAGGAGGAGGCGGGGGAGGAGGAGGAGUGGGGUGAGGAGGAGGAGGAUAGCUUCUGGAGGAGCAGGAUGUACGAUGGUAUCCCUGACGACGCACGCUCGCAGGCUCAGGAGUCGAUAAACCGAUCCGCUGUUCAGUCAAGCGACACUUUUCUCUCCUCGCCUGCUUACAACACGCCCCGGGCCCGGCCUCCCCCUGCCGCCCCUGUCGCUCCCUACAAAGCUUCCUCGAGCCUUCCCUACGAUUAUAGCAGCAGGAGUGAGGGGAGCGGGGGGAGCAGUGGGAGUGCAGGCGAGGGGGAGUGGGGGGAGGGCAUGGAGGCGUGGGAGGCAGAAGCUAUGGCUGAGGCAGAGAGGCUGGCGGCUAGGCAGGCGACGCUCUUUUCAGAAGAGGCUGAACUGGAGCUAGAGAGAAUCAAAUCCUUGCUGGCGUCAAGGGAGGAGGAACUUUCAGUCAUAAUGCGGGAGAUGGAGGAGGCAAAGGCGCAGUUCCAUGUGAUGAAGGCGAAUGCAGAGAGUGAGCUGGCGCUGGCUCGGCAGGCUGUGUUGGAGAGAGAUAUCAGGCUGGAGGCUGCUCAGCAGGCCAUGGGGGCUCUAGUGAAGGUGGAGGUGGAGUAUUGGGGUGACGGCCACGAGGUGCUGCUAGCGGGCAGCUUCAACGGGUGGCAGAGCCACGUGCCCUUGGUGCCCGAUGAAUCCUCACACAUUCCCAACCACGAUGGCAGCAGGGGUGCCAUGAUUUGGUCAUGCACUCUUUGGCUCUAUCCAGGCCACUAUCAGGUCAAGUUCAUUGUGGACGGUAGAUGGACGCUCGAUCAACGGAGGGAGGUGGUGGAGGGCAACAUGGGGCAGAAUAACCUUUUGGUUGUGAACUGGGAGGAUGACGGGUCAAGCAGUGACGGGGGUUCCCACGUAGCCAGCAACACUUUCCCGCCCACGUUUUUGCGAUGA